CGCAUACGGCUUCCAAGCGGGGCUGAUUAAGUCCGUUACACCAGCACUGCAUCAUAAACUGGGAUUUCUCUUUCCGUUAUUUUCGAGGCUUCUUACUUUCUUCUUCUUAUCAAUUCGUAGUCUUCCUUCUGCUGGGUGUCUUAUACAUAUACAAGUACAAAUAUUCUCUACGUAUAGGAUUGAAACUACAACCUUUAUUAUUACAUUUUAGUAACAUUGAAUCUUAUAGCUCUAGCACUAUCUACCUAAGUGCCUACCUUAAGACCUCAUUAUUGGUUGCUGUAUUUAGCCCAUUAUGGCCCCCCUUGGCCGCUACGCCCUCGCCGCCCUCCUCGCCCUCCUCGCCGCCAUCGGCUUCCGCGCCACCGUGAUCCCCCUGCGGACCAACGGGCUCGGCCUCGUCCUCCGGACCAUCGCCGCCACCACUCCCACCGGCGACAACAACGAGCUCGUCGACCUCCUCACCGCCCCCCGCCCCUUCAAGCGCACGUACACCGGCGUCGCGGCCCUCGACCGCCACCUCUCGCUCCUCGUCGGCUUCUUCGCCGCCUACAUCAACGACGCCGGCGCCGGCUGGGACGCCACCGCCUUCUACGUCUGGGGCCUGGGCCAGUUCGCCGCCGGGUGGACGGCGCUCGUGCUCGAGGGGAGGAGGACGGGCAGUAAGGGGAGAGCGAUCGCGUGGGUUGGGGUGGUGGGGGUGCUGUUCCAGAAUCUGGGGUGGACGUUCGUGGCGCCGCUGUAUUUGGCGCUGCAUCUGCUUACGUCGCCGGUUGCGAGGAUUGGGGAGCGGCAGGGGAAGGUUAAUGGAGGGGGAGGGGAGAUUGGGGUGGGGGAUGCGGCGAGGAGGAGCUUGUUCGUGUAUCUGUGGGACCUGGCGCUGCUGCCGAUGGCGAUGACGAUUGGGUUUGUGCUGCCGACGGUGUUCAUGAGUCUGCCGAAGGUGCUGGGGCAUAGUGCGGCGACGCACUACAAUUGGGUUGCGUUUUGGCAGCCUUUUCCGGUUUGGACCCUAAUCAUCCUCGACGUCCUCCACAACGCCUGCUACUUCCUCCUCGGCAGCCUCACCCCACAGGACACCAACGGGAAGCCCACCACCCCCGGCAACGGCUUCCUCGUCGCCAUCUCCGGCGUCUACCAGUACUGCCUGACCAUCUCCGUCGCCACCCAGCUCCCCGUCCUCCUCGUCGCCGCCCUCCCCUCCCCCCUCCGCGCCUCCCUCUCCUCCCUCUUCCCCCAGCUCGCCCCCUUCCUCUCCCACGUCACCUUCUGGCGCACCUUCGUCCCGUACCCCAUCUCCGCGUCACCGUCUUUGGCUGACCCACUCGCCUACGGGCCCGGCGACCUCGCGCCGCUGCUCAUUCAGUUCUUUCAGUAUGACAUGUAUAUCGGUAAUGCGGCGUUGUUGCUGUGGGCGUUUUAUCUGCAUGUGGCUACGGCGCAGAAGUCGCUGGUCAGGAGUCUGAGGGUCGCGGUGCAGUGGACGCUGCUGGGGGGCCCGACGGGGGGCGCGGUGGCGUUGUUGUGGGACCGGGAUGAGGUUGUGAGGGUGGGGGAGAGUGAGGUUGGUGGGGAGGACAAGACGAAGUAGGGGGUAGGUGGAGGGUUGUGGAUGUGGUGUGGAAGUUUUUGAUCGAGGUUUAAAAUGGGAGGUUAGAGCAGGAGGGGGAGGAGGAGGGUUGGAGGAGAUGGAUGAUUCAGAGGGGGGAGGGACUGGGUAUGUUGGACUGGGUAGGUAUGUUUCUUCUUGAUUGUGUUCAGGUACCUAGUUAUGGGGAAAGGGGACUUUUAAAAAGGAGACUUUUGAAAAGGAGGCUAGUUUGGUCUGAUCUGAUCUGAUCGUGUUGGAGUGCGUACGGAAGUAGAGAUAUUUUAUUGAAUAAUGAUGAUGAUCCAAGAUAUGUACCAUGUCAAUCCCUGUUGACGGCGUUUUGUCUUUCCUGUCUAUUAAAACGUAACGUCCUAACCGACUAGCCUUUGUAACUUUUGCCUUUCUUGCGUAUGUAUGUCUUAUUGUUAUCUACCAUCUUACCCCUUCUUAUCCG